AUGGGGAAAGUGUGUGUUUAAGAGAGAGGCGAGCGAGAGGGGGAGUGAGAGAGAGGAGAGGCAAAGCACUAAGUGGACCAGAGAGUUGAACAUCACAAGACUGCACACACUGAAGGGUAUAAUAAAUAUAAAGUAAACGAACAACUUUGGGAUGAAUGCCACCAUGAACCAGACAGAGGGGCAGUACAGAGACAGCUACAACAUCACACCUCGCAAUGUAACCGCUGGCUUCCAGUCCCCUUUCUCCCCGGUCAUGGACAAGGCCAUCAAUGGCAUCACCAUCAUCAUCCUCUUCAUCACCAUGGUGUCCCUGGGCUGCACCAUGGAGAUCUCUAAGAUCAAGGCCCAUAUCCUGAAGCCCAAAGGGGUGGCUAUCGCAGUGGUGGCCCAGUUUGGUAUUAUGCCCCUCACCGCCUUCAGCCUGGCCAAAAUCUUCCAGCUGGGCCCUAUCGAGGCUGUGACCGUGCUGAUCUGUGGCUGCUGUCCGGGGGGAAACCUCUCCAACAUCUUCGCCCUGGCCCUGAAGGGUGACAUGAACCUCAGCAUUGUAAUGACCACAUGUUCUACUGUUUUGGCCCUGGGUAUGAUGCCUCUGCUGCUCUUCCUAUAUUGCCAUGGCUUCAAUAACUUGGAAAAAGCUGUGCCUUACACUGGCAUCACCAUAGCUCUCAUCAUGACACUAGUACCCUGUGCCAUUGGCAUAGCCAUCAACCAUCGGGUACCGCAGUACGCUCAGAUCAUCAUCAAGGUUGGUCUAAGCAUCUUACUGAUUGCCUCCGUGGCCAUUGGCGUCAUGUCAGGUAUCACCAUUGGGGGAACAGUGAGGGUGGUUCUCUCACCCCAACUCAUGGCCACGGCUGCACUGAUGCCCCUGACAGGCUACCUGCUGGGAUAUAUCAUGUCAACCAUCCUCAAAGUCAAUCAUCAAUGCAGGAGGACUAUUUCUAUAGAGACAGGCUGUCAGAACAUCCAGCUGUGUUCCACCAUCUUGAAGGUGGCCUUUCCCCCGGAAGUCAUUGGCCCCCUGUAUCUGUUCCCGCUGAUCUACAUCAUGUUCCAGGGAGGCGAGGCGUUGCUUUUCAUCAUUCUCUUCAGAUGUUACCAAAGGUUCAAGCCACCAGCUGAGGGUUAAGUGUCGCAGCUGUCUGGGUAACACUAGGCAAAGCCUGUAUACCUGGCAGUGGCUGGUAAAGUGUAGGAAGUAUAGUUGCUAUAGGUCCCAGAUGGGAGAGGCCCAUAGAGAUGGAGAGGGCACAGGAGGACACCAGACCAAACCGAACAGGUCCAGGACAGGAACCAAGACCAUAGCAGUUGAGAGGCAACGGAAGACAUCAAAUGUAUGCCAUUUUAGGGCAACAUAACUUGCUUGGGAUGUGCAGCACAAUUUUACCAAUGCAACUGUACAGUCGUGGUCAAAAGUUUGGA